UAAUCAUUAUAAUUUGAAAUUUACUUUACAAAUUAAAGUUAAAAACUUUCAAGCGAAAGUUUCUAGAUUCUAGAUUAGUUGCAGUAAUUUAAUACAUUCUUUUAUAAGUUUAUAAGUUAUUAAAAUGGAUGAAAGUAAUCCGGAAAUUUCGUUAUUAAUUGACGAUCAAGUGUUUAAAGCAAAGAGGGAUGAUCUUAUACAACAUAGUGAUUUUUUCCGAGCUAUGUUUACUGGAGACUAUGUGGAAAGGGAGCGAAAGCAAAUAUUUAUCGAGGUAGUGGAUGCUGCUUCUAUGAGUAUCAUUAUGAGAUAUAUGAACAUAGGUUUAAUUGAUUUAUCAGAAUUUGACCUCCCAACCAUAGGAGAUCUAGCAGUAGCCGCAAGUUUUCUACAGAUAACAGAAUUGACCAAACAAAUAGACUAUUGCUUGGAACAACAGCUAACAUUAGCAAAUUGGUUGGAAGUUAAAGAAAUAGCAUCCAAUGCAGCUUUAGUGAAACUGGAGCAAAGCACUGUUAUAUAUGGACUUUUCUCAUUUCACAUAAUGAAGACUGAGUAUAUUCAAUCGUUAGAUAAAUUAUAUUGGUACUUAGCACAUCCAUACUUAAAUAUAGAAUCUGAAAUACAAGUAUUCAAAUUCGGUUUGAAGUGGCUACAAGAACAUGAAAUGGGUGCUGACACACUAUUAGUAGUUCUCUGUUGCUUAGACCUGAAAAGAAUUACAUAUGCAGAAGUAAGGGAAAUAAGAGACUUAAUAAAAGACUAUACUAAUAGUUUAGCAGAAAAAGUGGUUGACUGUCUAUAUAAAUUGGUGUCAGAGUAUGAUUUGUCACUCGAUACUAUAAGGCAGAAUAAAACUGAACUAUGUCAAGAGUUUACGGAAAAAGUUUAUACAGAAGUGUUUAAUUUAGUUAAAGAGAGUAUUGAACGUAAACUAAGGUUUAUACCGACGGUGCCAAUGUGGUCAAAUAAGGACAAAAAGCCAGAAGUGUCACAGAAUUAUUUAUUUACAUAUACAGAAGAAGCUGGUUUCCAAAGGUGGAUGGAAGUAGCUGAAAGAAACCUUUGGGGUUGGAACAUAACUGCUUGGAGUCCCACCCAAAUUGUGGUGGUUUGCGGUGAAUACGGGCGAGGUUCUGGAAUUUUUAUGAGAGAUGUGAAAGUUUAUGAUAUUUACAAAAAAGAAUGGACUCAACAUGGAGUGGAAUUGCCGUUGCGAAGACAUGCAGGUGUUGUGGUGGUUAAUGAUUCACUAUUUCUGCUUGGAGGUGUCGGAGGAUUCCGGGUAGUGUUAGACUCCGCAGUAGUAUACAACUUAAAAGAGAGGUCAUUUAGGCCAAUAGCGAAAUUGCCCGACGCAGUGCAGUCUCCAGCUGUCUGCGCCCACAACAACGAGGUCUACGUCAUAGGGCACAGAAACAUUUAUAAAUACGAAGAAGUGGGCGACAGAGAUCGAUGGACAAAGGUCCUUGGAAUGGAAAUGACGCCAAGUUACCUAGUGUCUUUUAAAGGGUAUAUUUAUGUAGCUCAGUGCUACUUCCCGAACCUAUAUAGGUUCAGACCUGGGGUGGAUGAGGCGUUGCAGCAAAUUGCCUGCUUCUGCCACCCUCCUAAAGCUAUUUGUAAUUUAGGUUAUCGUCUGAUCGCCGUUACUUGUUCAGGGGACACAUCAACAGAUAUAUUAUCUGUAGAAGAAUUACACAUAGUGGGUGAUGGAAAAUAUUACCAGAAUACCAAGGUCUUAUGGUCCCAAACUGGGUCAGUGUUUGGAGUCAACCCAUCGGGAUCAUGUUCAGUAGUUAUGACAAUGCCUGAGAUCAAUCCUACAGUGUCGGCAUAUCAUCAACGAUACAUUGUAAUGUACGGAUAGACUUUUUUAAAUUCCUGUUCAAUGUAGACCUAAAAACGGUUCAAUAGGGUUCAAAAUCUUUUGUACUAUUUUAAGACGAUAAGAUCGGUUUUUGCUCAGCAAAAUAAAUAGGUGUUUAAGAUAGGUUGUUACUCUUUUUGUCGGCUAAAGAAUCCGAGUUGUGCUUAAAGCGCAAUGUUUUUUAAGUGUUUAAAAAUAAUUUUGUAUUUAUAUGAUUAAAUACGGUUCGCGACUUCUAGUCUAUUUUAUUAUCUUUUUUAUUAAGUGAGAUUAUUGACGACAUUAAUUCGAAAUUA